AUGACUGACUUUACGGCAAAGGCAGCUAAAAUCUCGAUAAAAGUAAUAGUAGACAAAGUGAAUAAGAGAGCGGUGUAUGCUGAAACUGAUUACGCCUUUGUUGACAUUCUGUUCAGCUUCAUUACACUGCCCAUGGGAACAAUUGUCAAGCUCUUGGAGAAAGUUGAUGAUAAAAAGUUUGAGGUUCUUCGUAGCUUCAGCAAUCUGUACCAAAGUCUGAAGAAUUUUCCGGAGCGUUACCUAUCCAUAAAGAAUUGCAAACCUAUGCUUCUUAACCCCAGAAGUCUAUCAUAUGAUCACUGCAGAAACCUUCAACUGUUACUAGAUGAGACGGAGCCUUAUACUUCCCAGGAGGAGUAUUGCCGGAGAUUUUAUCGUGGGAGCUGGGAUACGGGUGUGUUUGUUUCUGAUAUUGCAACUUUUAUUGUCACUGACGAUCUUUGUGUUAUGCCUUAUACUUCUGCAACCAGCAUUCGACUGCUGACAGAUUGUGGAAUUACUAACAAGAGCUGUUUAGAGGAGAUCAAGUUAGAUAUGGGCCGUGAGCAGAUUCUCUGUUUUUUAAAUGCUGCAUUGUCAUUCGAUUCUGUGUUCACAUAUUUAGUUUUCAAUAGGGCCAGUUUGAUCCGAGAUUUAGUUGUCCCUGGCCAAAUUCUUAGUUUUCAUCAAAUUAUUAAUUUAAUAAAGAAAGGGGAAUCUUCAAGUUCAAAGUUUCUUCUGGAAGUAGCAUUGCAAAAGUCAACUGGUAAGCUCUUGUUUGCAGAAGAUAAAGGAGAUUUUGUUGACUUUCUUUUUGGGUUGUUGUCAAUUCCUUUAGGAACAGUAGUUGGAGAACUGUUGAAAGGGUUUUCUUCUCUAAAUUGUAUGGAAAAUAUCAUCAAAAGCAUUUCCGACAUGAGUGUAGGAACAUACCUUAAAUCACAAGAUAUCAAAGAUAUGUUACUUAAACCUCAUAUUGGCCAGCAUUAUACUUCAAAAAACCAGGUUUUCCCUUUGGAAGGCACUUCGUUACAUGAUAGCCAUACAGAACAUGGAGAUCCAAGAAAAGAUGGUCUACUACUAAAACGACCUGGAUUGUUUAUCGUCACUGAUGACUUGACCAUAACUCCGUCAUCGUCAAAUUCAACUAUAAGUACUUUGAGUAGUUAUAAUGUCUCAUUUGAUGAUGUUGAGAAACAUGAGAUUAGCAUUGGCUUAAAAGAGGGCUUAAGAAUGCUGAAAGCAUCGCUAAGAUCUUGCUCGACGACUCUGACUGAUAGCCUUAAGCAUCAACUGGAAGUUAUACCAUCCGUAAGACUAAGAAUAAGAUUAGUACGAACCAGAUUCAUGAACAAAGUGGCAGCAAAUGCGGGUGAGGAGCGUUCUGCAAGAGUUUAUAACAAAGGGUGA